CAAAGCUGAAAUCUUGAGGCGCAUGAACCGGGAUGCAAUCUCUGACACAGAGCAUUACCUUGGUCAUCCAGUCAAUGCUUUCCUCUUGGUCAAGAGGUUCCUUUGGGAAUGGGUGGACCUGGAGAAUUGGAUCAAGUAUGAUGGACCAAAGACAGCCUAUCUGAAGAACAGUACCCAUUUUAAGGAGCAUACCCCAGGGCAAGAUGAUCUCAAGGGUGCCACUGCGGCUCUUCUGCGUCUUCAAGAUACAUACAAGCUGAAGACCACAAAGAUUGCGAGUGGAGAGAUCGAAGGAACUAGAACAACAGCAUCCCUAACAGCUCUGGAAUGUUUUGAGCUUGGUAGAGUAGCAUACAACCAAGGCGACCAGUACCACGCCCGUCUGUGGAUCACAGAAGCUUACCAACGUUACAUGAACGAAUCAAAACUCGGUAAAGUCAUUGAUCUCGACGAGCCCCUCCUACUCGACUAUCUGGCUUUCUCUUCAUUUAAGCAAGGAUACUUGGACGAUGCUAUCGCAUACACGGACAAACUCCUUUCACUUGACCCCAAUCACGAGAGAGCCAAAAACAACAAGGUCUACUUCAUGAAUGAACUACAGGAGAGAGAGCUGGAGGAGAAAACGAGAGGAGAUUUGGCCGAGUUUGAUGAAGAGACGGGAGAGGUUGCUAAAACGCUUGAGGAGCUUGAAAAGGAGAAGGAAGAACAAGCUUACUCGUACCCAGAAAGGAAACAGUAUGAGGCGCUCUGCCGUGGGGACCCAGAUGCUCUCAAGAAUGUUGAUCACAAGAUUCUGUUGUGUCAAUACCAGCAUUACAACCACCCAUUCCUCUACCUCCAGCCAGCGAAGGAAGAGGUCAUCUUCGACGAUCCCCGGCUCGUCUUCUAUCGCGAGAUCGUCAACGACAGGGAGAUUGAAUUCAUAAAACGUCUUGCAUCAACAAGACUUCAGAGGGCCACAAUUCAGAACGCUAUCACAGGCAAUCUUGAGUUCGCAGACUAUCGAAUCAGCAAGAGCGCGUGGCUUCGACAGGAGGAGGAUCAGAGGAUUCGCCAAAUCAGGCGUCGCGUCCAGGCCUAUACGGGUCUCGAGCUCGACACUGCUGAAGAUCUGCAGGUGGUCAACUAUGGUAUCGGAGGGCACUACGAGCCUCAUUUUGAUUUUGCAAGGGCUGAUGAGACCAAGGCAUUUAAGUCAUUAGGAACUGGGAAUAGAAUUGCGACCGCUCUUUUCUACAUGAGUGAUGUAGAAGCUGGAGGAGCCACAGUUUUCACGAAAGUUGGAGCAAGAGUUUUUCCUACAAAGGGUAGUGCAGUGUUUUGGUAUAACCUCUUUAAGAAUGGACAGGGAAACUAUGAUACAAGACAUGCAGCAUGCCCAGUACUAGCUGGAUCAAAGUGGGUUGCGAACAUCUGGAUACACGAGAUGGGUCAGGAGUUCAGACGAAAGUGUGGAUUAAGCUCCAGCGAAUAGCACAACGGACAAAGGGGGACAUUUUCUCUGCCAUAAUAUUAAAUACUAGCCAACAUGCUUGCUUUUCCUUUUCACCCAUUUUAUUUUGGACAUUAAAUUAUCUCAUCCCCAGUUUUACAGUCUAUACGUGGUAUUCUGCUAGCCAUGGUUUGGUUAAACCUGGGUUAACUUAGACCACACAUUUAUGGAGUGCCAGUUGUCUACUCAUUCACCAGUUCAAAGUUAAUUUUUAUUUUUCUGCUGCAAAAAGUUGUCAAAGAACUAAUUGACUCAUAUAAAAUGGAAAAAAAUAAUAUAAGUGGUAUUCUGCUAGCACGGUUUAGUUAAACCUGGGUUAACUUAGACCACACAUUUAUGGAGCCCCUUGUCUACUCAUUCCCCUGUUCAAAGUUAUUCUUAUUCUGCUGCAAAAAGUUGUCAAAGAACUAAUUGACUCGUAUAAAAUGGAAAAAAAUAAUAUAAGAGGUAUUCUGCUAGCAUGGUUUAGUUAAACCUGGGUUAACUUAGACCACACAUUUAUGGAGUGCCACUUGUCUACUCAUUCCCCUGUUCAAAGUUAUUCUUAUUCUGCUGCAAAAAUGUUUCAAAAAACUAAUUGACUCAUAUAAAAUGGAAAGAAUAGGGGAAAAUAUCAUGAAUUAUGAUACAUGAGGUGAUAUAUUAUAACUUCCACAAAUAUGGAAGAAAUAUAGUAUGAAGCACAGCACCCCAUAUAAGUGCAGUUAAACCUUGGUUUAAUUUAUAAUACCAUCCUAUGUGUGUAGGUCGUUUUCUACCAGUUUUAUGGUCAUUUAUAGAAUUCGAACUGCCUAAACUUCUGAGGCUUGAGUUUAUAUAUAGAGACAUGAUAACACUAUGCAAUUCUUAGAAUAUCCUUCCCUUAGUAUUUUUGUAGUUUUGUAUACAUUUUAUACCUGCCAAUUUUCAACCAUGCAGUUGUAUUUUCUACCAAAAAUUAAAAUUAAUUUGUUGAUGGUGUCUAAGAAUGAAAAUUGAAGAUCAUGUUACCGUAAAAAAAAAUUGAUGAUGCAAGGUUGUAAGAAUGAGAUAAUCAUGAAUAACAAACUGCAUAUAUUAAUAUCAUGAUAAAGUGAGAAUUGGCCUGUAUUCUCAAAAGCUACCUUAAACAACUCACCUAGAUUACAAAAUAAACUGUUACAUCCUGUCUUGGGUCGCAUUGCUGUUCAGGAAAUCAUUUAAAGUGAUAAACCCUUCCAAAUGGAAGGACUAAGAAUGGACUUAGAUGGUAGCGCAUUGUUAUGUCUGGUUUAUUUAGGCUGCGGCUAGUUAAGUCACAGCUUAUACAUAAAUCCCAGAAGUGGUAACAAUCCCAAAAUGAGUUGGAACAGAAUCAAAUGAAAUUAUCACCUAUAAAGUGUUUGCAUUAACAGUAUAAAUUAUAAUUAUAAAGACGUUCCUGUGACGUUAUUGCUUACUGCAACUACAUUGAUUCAACUUUAACCUUGGCAGGCAUUGAGAAUAUGGGCCAUUAAAUUUAGGUUCACUGACCUAAAAAUCAUGACCUUCAAUGAUCUGUAUUGUCAUGUAUAUCUAAAUUUUGGUUUUAAAAAUAUCUCGGGUAUGGAGACUUUCACGUGUGCUUUAAAUAAUAAUUUAACAAUGGCUGCUUACAAACAAUCUAACUCUAUUUAUACACGUUGGAAGAGUAUAGUUGGCAUUAUUGUUUCAAUAUAACUUAAAACUGCCUUUUUUCUUGUCAGUCGAUAGUUGGACUCAUAUCACAUAUUUUGUUUUUCUUAUGUUAAAGCAGAGCUGCCAAUUAGUAGUUUUUUUAUCCUAUUUAGUAGGAUUUUUAAGGGGAAAGUGAUACUAAAUAGGAUUUCCCCCCUAAAAAUAUGAUUUUUGAAAUGUAAGAAUUAUUUUUUUUUUUUUUUUUCUCAAAAUUUUCAAGAAAAAUAAGAUUUUAGGAUUGAAAAUAGGAUAGGAAGAAAUAAAGAAUCUAUAUGAUUGUUUUCACCAUUAAGGUUGGCAGUUCUGCAAAAGGAAUCCUAUUCUUGGAACUCCGCUAUUUUUCACAUAAGAGCAUAAAUUUGCAAAAGUAGAAAUGAUCUAACUAAGUUGCUAAAUAUAAUGCGCAAGAUAAUCAAUUUUUUUCAUGCAAUACAAAAAGUACCUAGGGUCCCGUAACGGGGUGUGCCACCAAUCAGAAAAUGACAAGGACAAUCAAUUUCUUUGUUGCGUGCUCUGUUGUGAACAGAACCUAACCCGCAUUGAUCAAUAAGAAUAGCUCUCAUAACCUUGUAAUUUAAUUGCAAGCCUUUGUGUUGGACACAGUAGUAUCUUUCCAGUGGUGCUUCUCAAAUGACACCCCAAAGAAUGGACAAUCAUGUGAGCAACUUAAUUUUUAUAUCAUGUUGUGCAGGAUUGGGCUUUGUGUAGCUGAGAAGAAAAAAAAUUGAGAGAUAAUUAUAUACAUAUUGAAAUAUGAAAUUUUUGUAAUUUUCAUUCUUGAAAAUAGAUAGUUGAUUAGAGAAAUUACACAUUGUACCCAAAGGUCUGAAUAUGUAUCAAGGAUCUGUAAAUCUGGCAUAUUUCGCACUGCGAUAGCUAUGGAUAUUUUAUUCAAAGAUUUGUUCUGAAUAGAUGUUUGGUACCCCCAGAAUCUUUGAAAUACAGGUGAUAAGAGACAUGUUAUCAUAAAAAUUCUGAUAAGAUAAUUCACCAAAACAAUAGGACAAUCAUUGAAAUAGGAAAUAUGUUAUGCCAUUGGUACAUGUAGUUUUGUUAUCCUUUUGCUGCAAAGGUUUAUGCCGUUAAAAUUGAAGAGUUUUUACCAAUUCCAGUCAGUGGAAUCAUUCUGCAGAGAAUAAGUCCAAAAUGAUAUAAAUGUGUGAAAUUUUUUAGUACUUGAAAACAGGAUCUAAAUGUAUAAAGAUAUUGCUUACAUGUUAUAACAAGGUAGAAGAAAUAGCUCUGCUUGAUUUCAAGUUUGGUGUUGAUAUUGGUGUUGGUUUUGGUGUUCAUAUUAGAAUUAAGUGAGUGAAUUCGCUGCCAAACCUAGUUGCAAACACCAAUUGUAGGUUUACAAUGCAUGUACAAUUACAUAAUUGAAAACUGAACACCGAGUUACACCAGUUCCAUUUUCAAGUUCAGUGUAAUGACUGGUGUUAAAUCACAAUAACACCUACUUUUGACACCAAAUUUGAAAUAACCCAUUAUAUGACCUGUAUAUGUAUGUAACUGCAUAUUAAUAAUCUGUGAAAUAUCAUUGCUUCAAUUUCAAACAAUCAUGUACAGUAAUUCUAUAUAAUAAUGCAGAUUUUUUUUGUCUUCUAUUGAAUGUGUCCCCCCUAAAAAGUAUUUGUAAUGAUGUUGAUUAUAUUUGCUACAAAAAAAAAGAGGAAAUGAAUUAAUGAAUAAACUUGAGUUGAAUAUGUAAGAUAA